AACAUUUACUACGUCGCAAACUGCAACACAAUCAGCCGGGCCUGAGGGUCCUUUGGUAGAUCCGUGUAAUCUUUUUAUAAAAAAUUUAGAUGCAAAUAUUACCAGUAAAGAUCUUUUUAAUCAUUUCCGUGAAUACGGUCGAAUCAUCAGUGCUCGAAUUAUGAGAGAUCAAGAAACCAACACAUCUAAAGGUUUUGGAUUUGUAAGGUAUACCACUGCUGAGGAGACUGAUCGGGCUAAGCAGUCAAUGAAUAACAAAACCCUCGGGACGAAACAAAUUGAUAUGAGUUGUAAUACCUAG